ACGCACUGGAGUCCCACGUGUUAACAUAGCAUCAUAGAAAGGCCGGGUUGAAACGGUAGUGCACGUUUGACGGUGUGUUUUUGUACAAUAUUCAAUAUGUCGUCUUUUAGAAAAGCUUUGAAAUCCAACCAGCGGAAUCACAAAGAGAGAUCUCAGCCUAGUUUCAGAAAGCACUUGGGAUUCUUGGAAAAGAAGAAAGAUUACAAGCUACGAGCCGAUGACUACCACAAAAAGCAGAACACGCUUAAUGCACUGCAGAAGAAGGCUCUCAAUAAGAACCCUGAUGAGUUCUACUUCAAGAUGACGAGUACGCAACUACAGGAUGGAGUUCAAGUUCUGAGGCAUCCCGAGGAGGAAUUGACGGAGGAACAGAAGAAGGUGAUGAGAACCCAGGACAUGAAAUAUGUGGAGAUGAAGAGGGUGGCAGAAGCCAAGAAAAUUGAAAGACUGAAAUCAGAGCUCCACCUACUGGAUGCUGAAGGCAAAAUGCAAAACAAUCACACCUUCUUUGUAGACUCAAAAAAAGAAGUCGAAGAGUUUGACUUGGCCAGCCAUCUGAACACGGCACCAGAGCUCGUGGAUCGAGUGUACAACAGGCCAACCACGGACAUGCUACAGAAAAACAUAAUCAAGGGGGCCACGCGGGCUGCCGAUUUGAAGAAACUGGCCAGGCAGAGAAGACACCAGUACAAACUGCUGUCGGAGCGCAUUGUCAGAGAGAAGAAGAUGUUUGUGAUAGCACAGAAGAUUCAGACUCGCAAAGACCUGAUGGACAAGACCAACAAAGUAAAGGUGAAGAAUGAAACUGUAAAUUCCCCAGCUAUUUACAAAUUCCAGGCUAAAAGGAAACGGUGAAAAGUCAAAAUAUGCAGCUUGUUGUAACAGCCAGAACACGCCAAGGGAUGUACUGCCACGGGACUUUUACAUUUAAUAUGAAUGACCACAGUUUUGUAUUUUGGCUCAGAAAGUUUUACAUUUACCUUUGAGUACAGAUUCUGAAACAAACUCUGGGAGUCAAAUUGGUGCCACUUAGGAAGUAAACUGUUUUGCAUCAUGAUAUUGUGAUUUCAGAAAUCUUGUUUUAAGUAUUAGUAUAUAAAUAAAAGGGUUUGAGUUUUUAUGCUCA